AUGAUGCCAUCAAGAUAUGUUAUGGGGCAGGCGAACGCGGCUAGGAAAUCUAGAUUGGAAGGUAAACCUUCAAUGCUUCCAAAGCCAUGUCGACCAGGAUCCACUGAUCGGUUGUCUACUGAAGCCCGAAGACCAAGCGCAAGUCACCGUUCUAGCAGCGCUGAGCCCCCCAGAGCUACUUUUGGUGGUGGCCGCUUGAGCAGAGAAGCUUCUGCCACUAAAGUGCCUAUGGGUGGGAGAUCCAGGUCGCAACAGGGCGAAUCGAGGUAUGGACAAUCGAUGACGACUCCUUUACGUUCCACUUAUUAUUCCCGACCGACCACCACUCCUGAGCGAACGCCGUCAGAAGAGCGAUCGAAUCGCAGCUGGCAAACAUCGCUGGAUCGAGCCUUAGCAUUCGUUACUAUCAAAGAUCAAAGGCCCAUCUCGAGCGCGGCGUGGCAGCGUGCGGAGAGCGCGCGCGUGAGCGAGGCGCUGGCGGGGGCGGGGGCGGGCGCGGGCGCGGGGGCGGGCGCCGCCACGCCGCUGGCCGCCACGCCGCUCAUCCGGCCGCUCACCAUCACGCGCUUCGUCGACAUCGCGGCCGCGCUGCUCUCCGACAUCGCCGGGGACGCCAAGCUCAACAACGACAACUACGUCACCAAGUUGCCGCAUCUGACCAAGCGUCUAUUGUAUCCGGGAACAGUCUCCAAGUCAUGGCUCCGCACAGUCAACACUCUGCACGCAUUCCCACAAGCUCUGGCCCUUAUCGCUUAUCUCUUGGACCUCGCCAAUCAUAUUAAAACUCCAGUCUUGGAUGAGGGGCUCUACAUGGAGAAGGAUGCACUGUCUUGUCUCCGGCGUAAUUAUCUCUACAAGGUCUGGAUAAGGUUUCAAGACCCCGGCCAUCACUUCGACGACCUCAAUGAGGAAUACUUGCAGAACCUAAAGUUGCUUCUUGGCAACGAUGAAGAAAAAAUUGUAGAGUUAAAACAAGUUAUGAAAAAGUACUUGGCGUGCCUGUCCGCCGAGGAGGAGGCGAUGGCGGCGGGCAGGGCUGCGGAGGCGCAGCGGGCGGAGCGGCGCGAGGCGCUGGGCGCGGCGCUGCGGGCCGAGCGCGCGCAGCGCCUGCACGCCGCCGAGCGCGCGCGCCGCACCCGCGCCGCGCUGCACGACAAGCGGGAAGCGCUGCGCCUGCUCGACCUCGAGAUAGAGCGCGCCAUGGCGGAGAACCGGCGGCUGCAGGAGGAGGUGGCGCAGCAGCCUCUGUCUGUGAGCGAGCGCACGCGCCUGCUGGACGAGCUGGACUACGAGCUGCGCGUGCUCGACUCCAAGCGCGCGCUCGCCGACCAGAUCGCCAAGAUGGUUUUGAGCAAAGAAACUGACCUUGCACUGUGGCAGAAGAAAACCCUGGACAGCUGCUUGGAAUAUAAUAAAGAAAUCGUACACCUCGCUGCUCAGUUCCCGGAGCUGUCGGCAUAUGCCAUUGAUGAAAAGGAGCUGAUGGGCGCAGAGUGCUCCAAAAAUGUAGCUGCUUGUUUGACCCUUCUGCGCGACCGAGUGGACGCACUCGCACGAGCCCGCGCGCACCGCGCUGCAGAGCGAGCCGCGCGCCGGAGACAGCGCGCCCGCCGCCUGGAGGAAGCACAAUCGAAGAUAGCAGAGCUUAAGUCCUUGUUGGAGCGUGAACAACAGCAACAUGAUACCGAACUUAGUAAAGAAAGUUCUGAAGCUGCGGCCUGGAGUUGUAAGCAGUUGGAGAUCAGUAAGAAACUGGAGGAACUGCAGAGUGAACAGGAACAUCAUGCCAAGUUUGAGAGUGAAGUGGAAUUGUGGGAGAAGCAGGAUCUAACUUGGAGCGGUAAGUUGACCUCGAUGCGAGAAUACGUAGAGUUGCAAAAACAGGAAGUUAAACACGUCCUUGAAGAAGCCAAAGAGAAACGAAUAGCCAUUGUUCGAGACACCAUUCGCAUUUGGAACGAGAAACUAAACCAAUGA